AAGAAGGGCGAACAACACCCAGCAGGCUGGCUCAGGAAAAGGAAAGUCCCAGGAAUGCCGAAGAAAUUCCAGGGGGAGAAUUCCAAAUCGGCCACUGCCAGGGCCCGAAAGGCCGAAGCCAAAGCAGUUGCUGAUGCCCGCAAACAGAAGGAGCUGGAGGAUGCACUCUGGGAAGAUAACGACAAACGUGUUGUGAAGAAAGAACAGCGGAAGGAUGAUAAGGAGAGGAAGCGUUUGGAGGCUCUGGAGAGGAAGAGAGAAAACCAAAGGCUUUUGGAGGAAGAAGAUUCCAAGAUAAAGGGUAAACAGACAAAAGAAGGGCCCAGUAAAGUGACUCGAGCGCAGAUUGAGGAGACUCUACAAAGCAAGCAAAAUGUUAAGGAAAUCAAGGAAAAAGAGAAAAGCCACUUGGAUGUGCCGCUCGAGGAAAAUGUCAAUCGGAUAGUUCCAGAGGAAGGCACAGUGGAGGCCCGAACCAUUGAAGAUGCCAUUGCAGUACUCAGCACUAAGGAAGAUCUGGACCGUCAUCCUGAGCGCCGUAUGAAAGCCGCGUACACUGCGUUUGAAGAAGCCAACAUGCCUCGUGUUAAAAUGGAAAAUCCCAACAUGCGGCUUUCCCAGCUAAAACAGCAGCUCAAGAAGGAGUGGACAAAGUCUCCGGAAAACCCCCUGAACCAGCGUGCAGCCUCCUACAACACCAAGUAAACCAACACCAAACGGCACUUAAAGACUGACCCUCGACGGUGAUCAUUACCAAUAACAAAAACAAAGCCACCGCGAUUAAUUUUGACACCCAUAACAAUGUUUUAUCACUCCUACAUGAACUCACAGGAUUAUUUAACAAAUUAUUCAAUAGAUAUCUGAUGAUGUAUGAAGAGCUAAUUCGCUUAUCUGCUAAACCACAGCCUCUCAAGAAAGGGCCGCUGGGAAGUUUUUAGUUUUAGUAUGGAUAAACGCAGAGGUUUUCACCACAGUUUUACUGCUGUGUCAAACUCAUUUAAUGCCACCGUCUAAUACGCGAAACAUGAGCUGGAGUGUGGUUAACCUCAAGCUAGUUUUUAUUUUCUGUUUGUUUUUUUUAUUUAGUGUUUGCGAGAUGAUCUUUAGGGUUCAGUUUUCUGGUUUGGUAUUUAUGGAGAAAAGAUUAUUGCCCUACAUUAUGGCUGUGAUGAAGACGGGGAUUUUUGUGUUGAUUGCUGGUUUUAAAACUGCACUUUGGCCCCUGUGAGGAAGAAAGUCUCCAUAUCUUUAAGUCAAGUGGACUGAUAGCCAUUGGAUUCUCAUACGCACAUGUGUCGAGCAGUGCUAACACACUCGGGGCUUUGCUUCCCAUCACGGAGGAGAACAAACACUCUUGGUGGCUUUGGAUUACACAAAAUUACAAUAAGGAAGAAAUAAAUGGAUGAAAGAA